AUGGAAGAUAACGUCCUUAAAGAUCGAACAGAUAUAGUAAACAUAUCCUCGUCUGUUCUUCCAAAUGAAGAGUAUCGCCCUAGCUCAACUUCAAACUAUACGAUAAAGAACCAAGCAAGGAGCAAAAGUUCUGUAAAUACAGAGUAUUUUUCAGACGUUGAAUCAUUGCAGCAAGAAUUAUGUGAAUCCGACGUUCCUUUUCUUUACAUGAACGAAAACUUCAGUACGGCAAGAGAUAGGAAUAGCAGCAGUACCAUCUUGACUGAAAAGCAAAACAAAACAGAUAGUGUUGGAGAGAACGAAAAAUAUUUACUCGAUGAAAAUCAGCGCUUAAAAGAGGCAAACGAGCGUCUUCAAAUGACAUUGUUACAAAUGGCCAUCUCAGACACAGUCUCUGAGAAGGAGCAAGAGGAGAUGCAAGCCGUCCGAAAGGAGCUAAUUCGCGAAGUAAUGGGCAGCAGCAAAUCACGUCUACAUCAGAUGGAAAUCGAAAACAAAGACUUAAAGAAGUCUAUUUCAGAAAUGCAGGAGUAUAUAACGAAAAUAGUCGAUCGCUGUCUACAGAAUGAGUUUGCUCAGCAAAUCCUUUCGAUAGAUGAAGCAUGA